CAGACUUUCCAACCUUCGCUCUGAGGAAGACUAGCUCUCUGACGAAUAUAUUAGGGGAUCAUUCUCCUCAUAUUUCCGUAUUCCUCUGUUUUUCCAUCGAACCAGAGGAGUGUCAGAAGGGCCUCCGACGGUACUCUUCUUGUUACAGUGAACUUCUAACGUCAGUAACCGCGUCUUCACAAACUGUUAAAUAAAAGCUUUUCUGGAACCCGUCUGGUCUUUCCCUAUCAACAGGUACUCAUGAGAGUCACAGUCGACCUCUGCGCGGACGCUGCACACAGGUGGUCACUUUGUGGCACACACUUCUUCAGAUAUCUUAUGCGAAGUCCAGAUUCCAUCAUUGAUCUCUCCUUCGUGCUCUUAUCCAUCUCAAACCAUGGUUCCUGCGAGUCAUCAGUCUGGCUCUCCUGGGCGACCGAGCCACGGCAUGAUGGGACCAUCUGUUUUUCACAAGAGACUCCCGUGCCGACGGUUUCAGCGCGUGAACCACAAGAAGAGUCCCCAACGCGCACAUCUACUUUCUUUCCAUGUUUUUAUCACUAUGGUGGUUCUUUCUUUUCUGGUGCUUGCCGAUUUCUCCCCAAAGUGGGCCUUCACAGCUGGGUCCGGCGUCACCGAGCGUAGAGGGUCUGUUCACGUCAAAGAGGGCGACUCCGUGCCUUUCGAAACGAACGCAGCGCGAACAAAGCAAUAUUUCACGCCAAUACGCUGGAGAAGUCGCCGUCGGAAUAAGCCGUUAGCGAUGAUAUUCUUGGCUUCUCUGGCUGCACUCGGUGGCGUUGCUGUUGCCUUGCUGACAGAGAAACAAACCAAGCCCAAGACAGGAGAACCGAAGCCAUUGCCCGUUGGUCCUCGUGAGACAUACAACUAUUCACAAAUUGCUUGACGGAUGUGUCAGCGCAGGAAUAAAAAACUCGGCUGAAGAGUGUACCCAACGGUGCGGCAGAG